AUGGAUACAUCAUCCUUCUAUACCGCUGAAGACACGAAGGAACCGUCUAUUUCAUCUCUUUCAUCUAUAUCAUAUGAUGAAUACAUACGAAUAGCAACAGAGAGAAAUCCAACCAUACUAUUAGAACUAACCUUAUCAGGCACAGUUAAAUACGUCUCUUCUCAAUGGAAGUCAAUAGUUGGUAAUGAUUUAACAAUAAAUCAACAAAUCUCAAAUGAAAUUGUUGAUGAAAUAGAUAAAAGUAUCUUUUCAGAUACGAUACAAAAGAUGUGUGAAAAUGAUGAUCUAAGUUAUACUGUCACUUUCAAUGUCUGGUCUCUAAUAACAGAAUCAAUACUUACUUUACAAGCUACUGGUGUUCUUAUUAAAGAUAAUAACGAUUUACCAAGUUAUACAAUGUGGAUAUUGAAACCUUAUAAAGAUAUUGAUGUAAUCGACGAAAUUGUAGAUUUAUCAAAUGAUUUUGUUAAUAUUUUAGGAUUCGGUUCAAAAUUAUUCAUUGAUUAUUUAUUAGCAAUCUCUGAUCAAAAAAUUACAAAUGAAUUUAAUUUACCAUUACCAAAAUUAGAACUAUGUAGUAUUUGUGAAACUUUUGUUCCUGAAUGGUGGCUAGAAACUCAUUCUCAAACUUGUAUAGUGGAACAUAGAAUUGAAUCCAUUAUUCAACUUUUACACGAUAAUUUAGUGGAACAAUCUAAUUUAAUCAAUUCAUUUUUGGAUAAUAAUGUAUCAAAUGAAUUGAUCUAUAAAGAUUUACCAAUAUCAACUACAAAAUCGGAAUCUUUUUUAAUAAACAUUCUAAUUUCAUUGUCUGAUCUUUGUCAAUAUGCAAUAAAUAUUAAUACAAGUGAAGAAGAAUAUAAUGAAACUUUAAAAAAUGAUAACACUACAAUUAAUAAUGAUUAUUCAAUAUUAAAUUUACAAAAUGAAAAUGAAAAAUUUUCAAAAAUUAUUUAUUUAUUUUCUCCAAUGACAAAAUCAAAUAUAGAUAGCGUUCAAAAUUGGGAAUUAUCUUAUGAUAUUACAGAUUCAAUAACUUCAAAUGGUCUAAAUCUCUUAGUGACAGAUACAAUUGAUUUGGCUAAAAAAAAAGUUGAUGCCGUACUAAGAUUAGAUAAUGCAAUGAAAUAUUCUUUGAGAAUUAAAAAUGAAAUUAAUAAUCAUGUCAUUAAUGCAAUUCAAAGACAAAUUCAAGAAAAUAUCAAUAAAUUAAAUAUGAUAACAUUCAAUGAUAAUAAUAAUAAUAAUAAUAUUCAAUCACCACAACCAAAAUUGGUACAAAGUGGAUUAUUUGCAGAUUCUUAUUUGAAAAUUGAUGCCAUACCAAAUUCUAAUAAUAAUACUAAUAUUAAAACAUCAAGUAAGAAUAAUUCAAGAUCAGUAACUCCAACUACACAAUUAGGCUUUAAUCCCAUUGAUACAGGUGACAAUAGCAUCUUAACAACCCAAUCAAAUAAUGCUUCGAUAAAUAUUAUUCAUUCACCUUCAAAUUUCAAAAAUAGCAUCGGUAACGAUAGUAAUUCACAUUUCCUCACUCCAGAACAAUUCCCCAAUAACAAUGCUAACAACAACAAUAAUAAUAAUAAUAAUAACACCAGCAGUGCCUACCUAAACUCUCCUUCGCUAAUGAAUCUACCUCUUUCGCCAUUAUUACUCGCUACGAAUCAAAUGAAAACAGCACCACCUUCAAUUAAAGAUUACGACAUUAUUAAACCAAUAAGUAAAGGUGCAUAUGGUAGUGUGUAUUUAGCAAAGAAAAAAUUAACCGGCGAAUAUUUUGCCAUAAAAGUAUUAAAAAAAUCUGAUAUGAUUGCUAAGAAUCAGAUUAUGAAUGUAAAAUCAGAAAGAGCUAUAAUGAUGAUACAAAGUGAUAAACCUUAUGUAGCAAAAUUAUUUGCCACUUUCCAAAAUAAAGAUAAUUUGUUCCUCGUAAUGGAAUAUUUACCAGGUGGUGAUUUAGCAACACUAAUUAAAAUGAUGGGCACAUUACCAAAUAAAUGGGUAAAACAAUAUUUAAGUGAAGUAAUCAUAGGUGUAGAUGAUAUGCAUUUAAAUGGUAUCAUUCAUCAUGAUUUAAAACCUGAUAAUUUGUUGAUUGAUAGUACGGGUCAUAUUAAAUUGACCGAUUUUGGUUUAUCGAGAGCAGGUCUUGUUAAAAGACACUUCAAAACAAUAAAUAAUGAAUCGUCAAAGAAUCAAAAAAAGAACAGUCAUACCAAUAGUUUUGAUACUCCUUCGACCCACAGUGUUAGCAAUAACAAUAAUAACAGCAGUAGCGGUAUUCUUGAUGAGUCUGAAUUAUCAUUAUCUUUGUUCGAUUUCUCUCGUUCAAAUACUCCCCCACCACCAUCUCCCGCAAUAACAGCGUCUUCAACUAUAACAACAAACACUGCAUCUGGACAUGCGAGAGUUCCUUCACUUUCUAUAUCAACUCCAUCAUAUUUAAGAACGGAUUCAUUAGAAACUUCUUCAGUGGAUUCUCCAAGUUCGGAUGUGGCUCUCUUUGAUACUAAGUCAAGUAAUUCAAAGAAAAGACACUUUUUUGGUACACCCGAUUAUCUAGCGCCAGAAACUAUUUUAGGUGCAGGGGAGGAUGUUCAAUGUGAUUGGUGGUCUGUAGGUUGUAUCCUCUUCGAGUUAUUAUUAGGAUAUCCACCUUUUACAAGUAAUACGACAGAUGAAGUAUUUAGGAAAAUUCUGGAUGGCAAUAUCCAAUGGCCUCAUUUUGAUUCUCCCGAUGAAGAAGAAGAAAUAUUAUUAAAAAAUAGUGCAAAAGAUUUGAUUUCAAAAUUAUUAACAAUUGAUGCGAGUAAAAGGUUGGGGGCCAAUGGAUCAUCCGAAAUUAAAAAUCAUCCUUAUUUCGAUGGCGUAGAUUGGGACCAUGUUUACGAUGAACAGGCGUCAUUUGUCCCUAACAUUGAAGACCCAGAAGAUACUGAUUAUUUUGAUUCUAGAGGUGCUGUAUUGGAAGACUUUGAUGAAGCAAAUGGUUUUGAAAGUAAAAAUAUUAAGGAAACGGAUAAUAAUCGUUCACAUCACAAUAGUGAUAUCCCUGAAAUACAUUCAUUUCAUUCUAGUGAGUCUUCUAUUGUAUCUCCAUUAUUAAAUGCUAAUACCCCAAGAAAGUGGUCAGCUCCCACUGCUCCUGCAAAUUCUACCAAUGGACAUCCAACGAAUCCUCCCCCUCCUUUACAUAGGUUAAGUAUUUCAUCCGUUUUAGAGUCAGUUAAUCCUCAGGAUUCUAUUGCUACCAACAAAAGUCCAUCUACUAUGAAAAGUUUAUCACUAGCAAUUCCUCCUCACAUGAGAGAUAGAAGAACAAGUAAAUUAAAUGAUCCUCAAACUGAAUUUGGAUCAUUUUACUUUAGAAAUUUGUCUGCUUUAGACAAGGCAAAUAAAGACGCUAUUAACAGAUUGAAGAAUGAACACAAGGACUCUAUUGCUGGUCAUAGGAGAACUUUGUCGGUUUCAUCAUCCGAGAUCUCAAGUGGUAGCGGUAAAAUAAAGACCAAUAAGAUAACUGGUUCUCCUAUAGUUAACAAGAGUUAUUUAAAAUCGGAUACAUCAUCAGUUAGAUCCUAUUCACCGGGAAGAUCAACAAGUCUUGACCAGACAAUUCCAUCAAGAAAGGGAAGUAUAAUAAGCUCUGAAAUAUCAACACCACUUAAAAUGGAUUUUAAUCAUAUAAAAUCACCCAAUUUAUCAGCAUUUAAUGAAUCUGAUUCAAUGAAAUUUAAAUCUCCAUUAUCUCCAUCGACACCUAGUAUAAAUAGAACCUCAAGAGUUCAUUCUAAGAUGAGUACGCCGGUACAGAUGAGUUCAUUAAACGAAUUUUCUACACCGGAGGACAGCAAUAGGCUACAAAUGAUUUCCAAAAUGAAUUCGCUUCGAAGGAAAAGGAGUACAAAUACUCCUGACGGCAGCAUCAGCUAUGACCUGGAUAUUUUGCUAUGUGAACCUAUUCCAAUACAUAGAUAUAGUGCCACAAUGGACUUGGAAAAUCUGGGCUGCACUGUGAUAAGUGCUGCCACAGGAGAUGAAUUAGUUACAAAAGCUACUAGUGACAUUAAGUUUGAUCUAAUUGUUACAACACUGAGAUUACCAAACGUUUAUGCCACGGAUAUCAUUAAGUUGGUCAAACGUGCUAACUGUGUAAAUUCAGACACCCCAAUUGUGGCUGCUACAAACUAUUAUCAAGACGCUGUCAACACUAAAUUUUUUGAUGAUGUGGUAGAAAAACCUCUCAGUCGUGAGAAACUCCGUAAACUCGUAUCUAAAUACGCUUUAAAGAAGUCCCAAGAGGAAGAACACACUAUUGUAAGCGAUGUAGAAGACCUUCAGGUGACAAAAUAA